UUCCCCCUCCCCCCCCUCCGUCUCCACAGCCGCAAGACGCGAACCGGCAGGGCCGUUAAUGGUUUCCCCGUUUUCUCCUCUCGAGGGGAGGGGGAGGGGGAGAAGAAAUGGCCGGGAUUGGGGCGGGAGAGUCUGUGGGAUGAAGGAAAAAGGGGCGGAGGGGGAAGGAUAAAAAGCGGGACCACCCCCCACCCCCCAACCCCCACCCCCGUGGCUUCACACGCCGGUCGUUUCUCCUCAGGAGAGGAAACUGAGGAGACGGAGGCGACCCACCUCGAGGGAGAGGCGCUUUCCAGUCAUGGACGAGCAAAGUGUUGAGAGUAUUGCUGAAGUAUUUAGAUGUUUCAUUUGUAUGGAAAAGUUGCGUGAUGCACGCCUGUGUCCACACUGCUCCAAGCUAUGUUGUUUCAGUUGUAUUUGGCGUUGGCUGACAGAACAAAGAGCUCAGUGCCCACAUUGUCGGGCUCCACUUCAAUUGCGAGAACUUGUCAACUGUCGUUGGGCAGAGGAGGUGACCCAGCAACUUGACACACUCCAGUUGUGUAAUCUGAGCAAGCAUGAAGAAAAUGAAAAAGACAAGUGUGAAAAUCAUCAUGAAAAGCUUAGUGUAUUUUGCUGGACAUGUAAGAAGUGUAUCUGCCACCAGUGUGCGCUUUGGGGUGGAAUGCACGGCGGACAUACUUUUAAGCCUUUAGCAGAAAUAUAUGAGCAGCAUGUCACAAAAGUGAACGAAGAAGUGGCAAAGCUUCGCCGAAGACUCAUGGAGUUGAUAAGUUUGGUACAAGAAGUGGAAAGGAACGUCGAAGCGGUACGCAGUGCGAAAGAUGAACGAGUCCGAGAAAUCAGGAACGCCGUGGAGAUGAUGAUUGCUAGGUUAGAUACCCAGCUGAAGAACAAACUUAUAACACUAAUGGGUCAGAAGACAUCACUCACGCAAGAAACGGAACUUCUGGAGUCUUUGCUGCAAGAAGUAGAACAUCAGCUGAGGUCGUGCAGUAAAAGUGAACUGAUCUCAAAAAGCGCCGAGAUUUUAAUGAUGUUCCAACAAGUGCACCGGAAGCCCAUGGCUUCUUUUGUCACCACUCCUGUCCCUCCAGACUUCACAAGCGAGUUAGUUCCUGCUUAUGACUCAACUACCUUUGUCCUGGAAAAUUUUAGCACUUUACGCCAGCGAGCAGAUCCAGUUUACAGUCCACCACUUCAAAUUUCUGGGCUUUGCUGGAGGCUGAAAGUGUAUCCAGAUGGAAACGGCGUGGUACGUGGCUACUAUUUAUCGGUAUUUCUUGAGCUCUCAGCUGGAUUGCCAGAAACAUCCAAAUAUGAAUAUCGUGUUGAGAUGGUCCAUCAAUCCACUAAUGAUCCUGCAAAAAACAUCAUUAGAGAAUUUGCAUCUGAUUUUGAAGUUGGGGAAUGCUGGGGUUACAACAGGUUUUUCCGACUGGAUUUGCUUGCCAAUGAAGGCUAUUUGAACAGGCAAAAUGACACGGUCAUAUUACGGUUCCAGGUGCGUUCACCUACGUUCUUCCAGAAAUGUCGGGAUCAGUACUGGUACAUUUCUCAGCUGGAAGCUGCUCAAACAAGCUACGUCCAGCAAAUAAAUAAUCUGAAAGAGAGGCUUGCAAUCGAGCUUUCCCGGACCCAGAAAUCCCACGGCGUCUCCCCUCCAGAUACUCACCUUAGCCCACAAAGCGACGAUGGCCUGGAAACGAGACCGAAGAAAUCGGGACCAAACUCAGAAGUGCUCCUUGAGGCUGUGGCCAGCACAGCACCUCCCAGAGACACAAAACAAGAAGAGGAGGAAAAAAUACAAUAUGAAGACUUUAAUCACGAACUCUCCGACGGCGAUCUGGAUGUCGAUUUUGUGGGGCAAGAGGAGGCGAACCAUUUGGACGGCAGCAGCUCCUCCGUGAGCUCGACAGCCACCAGCAACACGGAGGAAAACGACAUAGACGAAGAGACCAUGUCUGGAGAGAACGAUGUGGAAUACACUCACAACAUGGAGUUGGAAGAAGGAGACCUUGUAGAAGAAGCCACAUCUGCCCCAGCAGGGGCUUCAGGUGGGAGCCAUGCAUACCGCACAACAGCCAGCCACUUGUCAAGGCGAGGAAGUGCGCUCACUUCUGCCAGCAGCAGCUUGCUUGAUAUAGAUCCCUUGAUAUUAAUACAUUUGCUGGACCUGAAAGACAGAAACGGGAUGGAAAACCUGUGGGGUCUACAGCCACGCCCACCUGCCUCACUCUUGCAGAAUAGAGAGAAAGACCACCGGAGGCACCAGGCCAUGUGGCGUGUCCCACCCGACUUGAAAAUGCUGAAGAGGUUGAAGAGUCAGAUGGCUGAAGUACGGAGUAAAAUGUCCGAUGUGAAGAACCAGCUGUCCGAGGUUCGGAGUAGCAACACCAGCUCCUCGGAUGGGCAGGCCACGUACGCAUUCCCUGGUGACCAGGGAGCCUUGGCGGCUUGUGGGACAGAAGGCUACAACAAGCUGCAGGAACUUGGGAGGGAGCUGCUGACAAAAUCAUCCCUCUCUAGCUGCUAUAUUCGGAAUUCUGCAAAUAAGAAAAACAGUUCAACUAAAGUUGGUCGCUCAGGGGCAGCAGGCAGCCUGUCUUUGCGAAGAGCAAUGGAUUGCGGGGAUGGAAAUAUCCUUUUGAAGCCAGAUUGUCAGCUUUCCUCUGAAGGUUGCCUAGGAAACUCGAAGCCCAACAGUCGGCGUGGCUCGCCGAGGUCUUUGGCUUGCGCUUCAGACUCCCUGCCUAAUUCUGAAGACAGAAUAUGUGAGGUUUCCGAUUCCAAUGUUGGUGCUUCUGUUUUAAAUGGCAUCACUGCCGGGGAAAAGGCCAGGAAAGGAAUAACGGUGGGGCCUAAUUCAAAUCGAUGUCGUCUGGAAGCGGCUGAGGCAAAUGAUUUGGAAAACAGCUCUGAAGCCAGAGAGCUUCAAGUGGUGUCCUCUGAAGGGGCUUCAGCAAAUCUGGAGGAAGCUGGACUUCACCUCUUGCCAGGCAUGAGCAGCGACAGCGACAUUGAGUGUGACACCGAAAAUGACGAACAGGAAGAGGCCGAGACUGCCUGUGCCACUCCAGAGAUCUACAACCAACCUUUCCAGAUUCAGCCUUCAAACGAUGCCUCAGAACUAUGCUCGCUCUUCCCCGAGGCUGACCAAUUGGGCCCUGAAGAUCUGCCCUUUGACACAGGGAAGGACAGCGCGAGGUAAUACUGGGUUCUUCCUGCUGCACCAGCUAAAAUCUUAUCCGGAUUGGCGCUUUGGAACUAAACCGUUUGCAGAGGGACCUGCCUGCCUGUGCCAUACCAGCAAUUUGCUCCCAGAGCGACUUCAUAGCAUCUGGAGGUCUGUGUAUUUUUCUCUUGCUCUUCCUCAUACCUGGUUGUGUCUGAAGAUGACGCCCGGAUCAAAUAAGUCAACUUCAGGGUCGCUUUGAGAACACCUGCGUUAAGAGUCCUGCCACCCUCCCUCCACAAAGAACGGUGAGAUCCUACUAAAUCAUUGGUUCUUCAGAUCUGCCCGCCAGUGUGCAAGGGUCCCUUCGUGCUUCUUUAGAUUUCACCUUUUUUUGUGGCUCACUCUCAUGCGGAGUGCUUUUAAACUGAGAGGUGUAAAAAAAGUGAGCCACAUCACCCUCACUUUUGUAGGCCUCAGAGGCCCCCUCCAGCCAAGUGAAUUCCAAUUUGGAGCCCCUAUUUCCAUUUGGGGACAUUUUAAGGAACAAAAGUGGACUCCUUAAGUCUAGUAAAUGCUUAAAACUUCCAUUUUGCUUAGAAAAAACCCCCCACUGCUCACGUAGUCUGUGCCUCCCUCUAAUUUUAGAGUACCCUCUCAAAAUACUGUACAAAACUCUAUCGUGCCAAUCCAUUUUAAAGACUACUGAUUUCUUCUCUAAUCUGUCUUUAUCCUUCGUUGAUUUUAUUGACAUAGGCUGCUCCUGAUAAGAAAUUAUUCCAAUUUGUUUGUUCUGUUUGGUCUCAGAUAAGAGCUUUUAAUGAUGCGAGAGCUGUCUGACGUUUGAUUAGCAUCUGGUAGCUUGUUUCUCGGGAACACUGCCCCACAUUUCCUGGAAAUGCCUUACACAGAUUUUUCCUGACUUUCUCUCUGAAAAUUCUAGCUAUACUGGUUCUCCAGUCCCAUUUAACAGAAGCUUCCACCUGAUAUACCUCCAAAAAAAGUACUUUUACCUUAGCUUGUAUUCCUCAGUGAUGUGGGAAGGUUUAAGGUGAUGAAGAACGGAUGCUUGCCUGCUGCAAUUAUUUUAAACAGUGUACAUCGUUGUCUUAAGCUAUUUAAAUAUUUUCCAAAAGGAGUUUUCUCUCUCUCCGAAUUACUCCAGUUCUGGCCAGUUGAAAGUAGCCUUUUCUGCAUUGCAUUUAAGCUACUGAAGAUGUUCUGAUUUUAAGAUUAAAUUUGGCUGAUCCCUUAAAAGCAUGUUUAUAACUAUAUGCCUAUUACUUCAUGUAUCCUGGUGUAUUUAUCUUCUCCUGAGUGUUAUACCUUAAGCAGAAAUACCCAUUUGUAAAUGUAAUGUUUAAAAACUGUAAAAAUUCAGGUGAAAAUGGUUUGCACUCUUUUAAUUAAUAAAAUGAAUGUGGAAUUGA